CCUUGGGGGGCAAGAGCGACUACGGGCAUCAUGGGCGACGUAUUAUCGCAACACGCACGCAGUUGUUAUGGUUGUAGAUAGCACAGACCGGGACCGGAUAGGGUUGACAAAGAAUGAGCUAUUUAAACUGCUGGAAAGCGAAGAACUGGCGGGUGCGGUUGUACUGGUGUUCGCAAAUAAACAAGAUCUGAAGGAGGCGAUGACGCCUGCAGAAAUAAGUGAUGCAUUGUCUCUUCACAGCAUCAAGAGGCACGAUUGGCAUAUCCAGGCUUGCUGUGCCCUCACAGGCGAAGGGUUAUGGGAAGGACUGGGCUGGGUAGCGCAGCACGUAACGGGAAACAAGCUGACGCAAUGAGUAAGCGGAUAGAUCUCUGCGACCAGAACGCUUAGCGAGGGGGUCGUUUUGCCGGAGGAGGAGGUCGAGCCAGACUUUGUCAUUGCCACUGCUUUUGCUGGGAGGAAGUCGUCGUCACCUCCGCCUGCUGUGAAAUCUCAUCUGUCAGAUUGAUCCCAUAGAUGGGCGCAGGCUGAUGGAUGGUCGAAUGGUGAGCAACUUUGUGGGCUCCAUGGUGGAUCAGCUUGUGUCGCCGUGAAGAAGGUCAUCAUCGCCUGUGCCUUCUGUAUUAUCUCCUGCAUCAGAUAGGGUGCGAUGGAUGGAUGUAGGUGGAUGGGGAUGGUCAGAUCGUGAACGGGGUUAUUGACUGAGUGGUUGGUUGAUUUCUGUCGCUGGGGAGAAGCCGUCUCUGGUGCCUGCUGUACACGUUCUUUUUGUCGUUGCAUGGAUGCCUUGUGCAGGUGGAUCGAUGGUUGGAGGGUGAAUUGCUUUGCUUGGUAAAGUGGUCGGCGGCACGGAUCAAGACUUCUGAAAAAACGUCUGCUACGCUCGAUGAGCUGAUGACAACGCCCGGUUCAGCAGCUCUCUGAUCGAUCGAGCCGGGACAAUGGUCGAGAUGUCCAGUGGUGGAAAUUUGAAACGUUAUGGAAAAUGACAUGCCUGGGUGGGUGGGUGGGUGGGCGGGUGGGCGGCGUCUAUUUUGUCCGUGCACGCCCAUCUUGAAAGUCCAAUGGAAGGUUAAGGAUUUCAAUUGUCUCGUCAGAGUUGCUGUCAGAGUUAUGGGAGCACAUGGUGUAUGAUUACAGUCAUUCUCUGCCUACGGUUUACCGGGCAGCUCUAUUUGACGAUAUAUAUACUAGAGCAAAGAAGGAAAGCAAAGUUACGCUGAGCACUCAACCAGCCGUUACUUUCUGGAGCUGAUGAGCACAGUGUCUUGACACUUCUGCCACAGGUAAGCAUCCGUCUACUUGGACGGACAUAACACUCUUUCACAGAGAGCAAUCUUGUGUGUGUGUGCAAAGCCUUGGCUUUAGUGCAUCCAGAAUACAUGGAGAGAGAGAGAGAGAGAGAGAGAGAGAGAGAGAGAGAGAGAGAGAGAGAGAGAGAGAGAGAGAGAGAGAGGGGACUUCUCCGUCAAACUUUCUUCAGCUCUUGUUAACUUUACAUAACGUACAUCUUCACUCAGAGGGAAGGUGAUUGAUGUGAGCGACGAUUGAAGAAGAGCAGCGACGGACAACAACAUGCAGAAGGACGGACUCAGCGGCAGCAAACUGAACCAUGAAUCUAACCGGAGUAAAUGAAUGACAUAAGGUUGC